AUGUAUAUUUAAUAUCAAUUCGAAAAGCAAAGAAACCUAGACUUAAGUUUUGUCACUCUAACAAUAUCAAAGAGUUUAGAGUAAGUUAUUUAUGCCAUCUAGAUAAUUAUAUGGGAUAAUAGGAAUGGCUAAAUUCCAUUACUAAAUAAAUGA